AUGUCCGAGAAGCCCAAACCUGUUUCAUGGAAAAGUCUACCUCGAAAGGAUCAACUGUUCAUUCUCACACUAGCCCGUCUGUCUGAACCACUGACACAGACCUCGCUACAAGCCUAUAUGUUCUAUCAACUCCGCUCUUUCUCUCCCUCUGCUCCGGACAGCACUAUAUCAUACCAGGCCGGUAUGCUUCAAGCUGCUUUUACUGGAGCCCAGUUCUGCACGGCCGUCUUCUGGGGUAGGAUGGCCGAUUGGGAGCACAUGGGUCGGAAAAGAGUUAUCCUGAUUGGACUUUUGGGCACUGCUAUCGGAGCUUUGGGCUUUGGCUUUAGCAGUAGCUUUGCCGUGGCAUUGCUAUGGAGAUUUGUUGGUGGAGCGCUCAACGGCAACAUCGGUGUGAUGAGGACGAUGAUCUCCGAGAUCAUUCGCGAUAAGAAAUAUCAAUCGAGAGCCUUUCUCCUGCUCCCUAUGACCUUCAACAUUGGUGUUAUUAUAGGGCCGAUACUCGGUGGGCUGCUCGCUGACCCAGCGGGAAAUUACCCUGCUUCGUUCGGCUCGGUUGCAUGGUUGAAACAGUGGCCCUAUGCACUUCCGAACCUCGUCAGUGCUGUGUUUCUCUUCCUCUCAUCAACGGUCGUCCUGCUGGGUCUUGAAGAGUCGCAUGAGCUGUUGAGGGACAAGCCAGACCUGGGCCUUCGCAUUGGACGAUGGAUCGCACGGGCAAUAUUCAGACUUAACUUCGAGCAGCACUACGAAGCCAUAUCUACUGUCGAGAUCGAUCCUUCGACAAUGGAAAUGCAGUCGCCGACCGACGAGCCACCCACGCCCAGACUUCCGAGGAUAAGAAGAAAACUACCCUUUUCACGCAUCUGUACGCCCAAUGUGCUUUUCACUUUCACCGCUCACUUCUUACUAGCUGGCCAUGUAGGGACCUUCAACAGUCUCUGGUUUGUCUACUUGUCGACACCAAGAUAUGUCCCACAUGGCCAGACGAAUGAUGGCACCAACCCAAAUGCGAGUCUAGGGGUACCGUUGAACUACAAGCCUCAUCCGCCAUUCAGCUGGACAGGCGGUCUUGCUCUCCCGCCUGCGAGAAUCGGCUCUGCGCUUGCAAUCUUGGGUGUCGUCGGUAUAUCGUUGCAGCUGCUACUCUAUCCAAAACUGUCUUUCCGCCUGGGCACAGUAAAAUCAUAUCGGUUGUCGCUCUGCCUGUUUCCCUUGGCAUACUUCUUGGUGCCUUUUCUCUCCCUCGUACCGACAACUUCGACUUCACCUGCAGCAGCUUCUGGGCCAUUGCUAUGGAUUUCGAUCGUCAUCGUGCUUUGCAUACAAGUAACAGCACGAACAUUUGCAUUGCCUGCCACGGCAAUCCUAGUCAACAACGCCUGUCCGCAUCCAUCUGUCUUGGGUACUGUUCACGGUCUAGGUCAGAGCGCAAGUUCUGCUGCUCGUACCAUUGGUCCCUUGGUGCUGAGUUACAUCUACGGUGUUGGACUUCGGCGCGGUGUGGUAGGGCUGUCGUGGUGGUGUAUGGCGUGUUUCGCAGCAGUGGGUGCUGUAGCAGGACUUUUCGUAAAAGAUGGAGAUGGUCAUGAGAUAUGGUUGGAAGGAGAGAAGGAGGAAGAAGAACAAAAUGCUGUUUCAUGA